AUGGCAAAUAAUGCGGAAGAACCAGCAAUAUUGGCACAGCAAUGUUAUUUAAAAAAAGACUAUGCAGCAGCGCUUCAACAUCUUAGUGAAUUAGAAAAUCUUGUUAGUAAUAAUACUGUUCUCCUCAAGCGUGUACAACAUAAUAAAGCAGUGGUUGAAUUGGCUGCGUCUGAUAUGAAAAAUAUUGAAAACUUUAAAACAUGUAUGUCUGAUUGUGCUGGUGUUGACUUCCCAGAUGAAGAAGUUACUGAAAUAUCAUCUCCUUUUGCGUUAUAUAACUAUGCAGUUAUAUUAUAUCAUUAUCGAUAUUACUACCAAAGUGUAGCAAUACUUGAGAAAUUAUUGACUUCAAAGGUUAUUAAGGAUAAAAAGUUACUACACUAUGUAAUAUUACUCCUGUUAGAAUGCACACUUUGCAGACGCACUUACGAAAAAACACAAGAAAUUGCAAAUGCUUAUGGUGAUAGCUUGAAAUCAAAUAAUGAAUUUAGUCAUUUGUAUCAACGUCUCAUAAGCAGGGCACAAGUGUUUCUUGGAAAAAAAAUUCAUCUAAAGCCAGACUCAAUAGAGAAUGUUUUAAUAGUGGCACAAGAACAGUAUCUCAAUGGUAAUAUUAAUGAUUCUUGUAACACAAUAAGUUUGUAUACAUCAUUAGAGUGCCGUUAUGAUGUCAGAAAUGAAGGUGAAGAUGUUUGGGCUGCAUUAAAUAAUAACCUUGGAGUUAUCUACUUGUCUCUAAAAAAACCUUACUUGGCAAGAAAAUACUUCCAAAAUGCAUUAAAGGAACAUUUUAAAAAUUUAGAAAGUGAUGAUGGUGACAGGCUUAUUAUUUGUAAGGAUCAUCCAAUUUAUGUCUAUAAUCUUGGGUUAGCACUACAUGCCACAAAGAACAUUGAAGGAGCAUUUGAGUGUCUAGUGGAAGCUGCAAGACAUUACCCAAACAAUCCACAAAUCUGGGUAAGACUAGCAGAGUGUUGUAUUAAGAAGUGUUGCAGUGAUGAAGUCCAAAAGUUCAUUGUAAAAAAACUUGGUAGUGGCUCUCAUACAAGAGUCCUUGUUGCAAAAGAAAAAGAGAAAUAUUCAUUAGCUGGAGAAUCAUAUGCUAUACCAUCGCUUUCUCUUGAGUUUGCAGCACUUUGCUUAAGAAAUGCUAUAACAUUGCUACUUAAUCAAGAAUCUCCCACAGAUGAAACACAUCCUUUUAUUCAGGCACCUCCUGGCCCUCCUAUUAACUGGAAACAAAGAUGUGAAUUAAAAAAUUCAAUACAUGUCCUGCAGAGUUAUGUUUACUUACAUCUUCAAGAUCCUCUUGCUGCUUUAGUCAGUGCCAAUGAAUUAUUAAGUGAAAGCGAUGCUUCAAAUGGUCAUAAAACUUGGGCUCAUAUCUAUGCUGCUGAAGCAUUGAUUAUAUUGGACAAGACAGUGGAAGCAAUAGAGCAUUUAAAGCCAACAAUGAUUCAUGAACUUGUAUCUGGUCUUCCUGAUCAAACCAGAGACAUAAUUGGCCUAGCAGUAUGGGCUAAAGCCGCUGUGUGUAAUAUAUUGCGUGGAGAUCUUCUACAGGCAAGGAAAAUCCUCCAGCAAAUAAAUUCUUCCAAAGUUUUACCGUUACAAAUGUAUGUAGAAAUUUGCUUAGGAUGUGUAGAAAACUGUCAUACAUUACUGCGAAAAAUACGAUAUUCUCAUGUAUCUCAAUAA